AUGCCCCGCGUCAUCCGCCUCGCCGCGGCCCAGAUGGGCGCAACCCAUUACAACGACCCGCGCUCCAAGACGCUGGACCGCAUGCUCGCCCUGCUGGACUCGGCAGCGACCAAAGGCGUCCAGUCGGUGCUCUUCCCGGAGACGGCCUUCACCACCUUCUUCCCGCGCCACCUGAUCAACGACCCGGCCGAGCUGGACUCCUUCUUCGAGCACGGCGACGUCACCACCCAGCCGCAGACACGCCCGCUGUUCGACCGCGCCCGCGACCUGCGUGUCGACAUCGCCGUGGGCUUCGCCGAAAAGACGGACGAGGGCGAGACGUUCAACGCCUGCAUCUACUUCCACGCCCGCUCCGGCUCCGUGCUGUCCAAGUACCGCAAAGUCCACCUCCCCGGCGACUUCGAGCCCUUCGCCGACCCGGACGCCACCAACCAGCUGGAGAAGCGCUACUUCAAGCCGGGCGACCUGGGCUUCAACGCCUUCCGCGUGCCGGACCUGGCCGAGGGCGGCCACGGCGACCGCGGCGACCGCGGCGACCCCAUCUUCGGCAUGAUGAUCUGCAACGACCGGCGCUGGGCCGAGAGCUGGCGGGUGCUGGGCCUGCAGGGCGUCGAGGUCGUGUACUGCGGCUACAACACGGCCGGCUUCGCGCCGCACCUGUGGGGGUCGGACAAGAGCAUGAGCCCGGACGACGCCCGCCGCAAGGCCCUCUUCCACCACAAGCUCGUCAUGCAGGCCCACAGCUACACCAACGCCUGCUUCUCCGUCAGCGCCGCCCGCUGCGGCCUGGACGACGGCCGCUACGACCUCAUCGGCGGCAGCUGCAUCACCGGCCCCGAGGGCGAGCUGCUGGCCGAGGCGACGACCGCCGACCAGGACGAGCUCGUCGUGGCCGACUGCGACCUCGACCAAUGCCGCCCGGGCAAGGAGCGCACCUUCGACUUUGCCCGCCACCGCCGCGUCGAGCACUACGCCCGCAUCACCGACCAGACCGGCGUCAUCGAGCCCCCCAAGCUGGCCCACUCCUCCUCCGACCCCCAGCAGCAGCCGCCGCCGCCAUCGACAACCAACGGCGCCGCGACACCCCCAACCAACAAGAAAAUCCGCAUCCUCCUCAUCAACCCCAACAGCACCAAAUCCAUGACCGACGCCUGCGUCUCCCUCUGCCAGGCCCAACUCCCGCCCGACGUCCUCCUCACAGGCUUCACCACGCCUCCCCCGGGCCCCUCCGCCGUCGAAGGCAACGUCGACAACAUCCUCUCCGCCGCGGCCGCCUUCCGCGCCGCGCUGCCGCUCGCCUCCGCGCACGACGCCGUGCUCGUCGCGUGCUACUCGGACCACGCGCUGAUCCGCAUGCUGCGCGAGGAGCUGCCCGCGCGGCAGCCGGUCGUGGGGAUCAUGGAGUCCUCGCUGUACUUCGCCGCGCGCGCGCUGGGCCAGCGCUUCGGCAUCGUCGCCGUCAGCGGCCGCUCGCGCGCCAUGCACGAGGACGCGGUGCGGCACUACGGGCUCGGGGGGUUCUGCGCGGGCGUCGAGAGCUGCGGGCUCGGCGUGCUGGACCUGCACGAGCUGGGCCAGGACGAGGUCGUCGGCCGCAUGUGCGGCGUGGCGCGGCGGCUGGUGGCGGCGGGCGCCGACGUGCUGGCGCUGGGCUGCGCGGGCAUGACGCCGUUGAAGGCCGCGGUCGAGGAGGCCGUCGGCGAGGACGUGCAGGUCGUGGAUGGCGUGUUGGCGGGCGUGCAGCAGUUGGCCGGCUUGGUGCGCAUGGGCGGCAGGACGGCCAAGGCGGGCAUGUAUCGGAGUUCGGCGGCUGGGAGGAAGGCCAGGGGCCAGGAUUGGUUGUGA